GCUCCAUCGAAGCUCCAGAUCGAACCGAUUUCGAAGCUCCAUCGAAGAUUCAGAGAUUCAGUGAUUUCCAUCGAAGAUUCAGAAUUUCGAAGCUCCAGAUCGAACCAAUUUCGAAGCUCCGUCGAAGAUUCAGUGAUUUCCAUCAAAGAUUCAGAUAUUCGAAGCUCCAUCGAAGCUCCAGAUCGAACCGAUUUCGAAGCUCCAGAUCUGAACUUUGACCCCUCGAUUACUCGCAUUUCAAGCUUAAAUCGACUGAUCUUUGGGAGGAUUAGAGGCGUUGGCUCAAGGCAAAUGUCUGAGAUUGAGUCUAGGAUUGAUCUUGAACAGGCUGCUAAUAUAGAAGCUGAAGGCUCUGGAAUUCCUGAUUGUGAAUACCAAUUGACAAAGCAUGAAGUUUCCUGUCUAGGGCAUGGAAAAUAUAGUGAAUGCAGCACCACUGAAUCAUCUGAUGAUAUUGAGAAACAAGAGCUUGAAGACGUCUCAGAUGAAGAUGAUACCUCCUAUUUUGACACAAUAGAGAAUUUUUCUGAAACAACUCUUAGUUGUGGGUCUGUUGCUGGAGUUACAGAUAACAUCAGUAAGUGUAUGGGACCUGAAAAGCAAUUUGAUGAUAGGAAAAAUUUGAAUGCUCAGAAGGAAGCUAUUAGCUCCACAUAUCCACAAAUUGAAAGGCGAAAGAAGCUUCCAGAUCCGGUUGAAAAGGAGAAAGGGGUCAGUCUUUGGUCCAUGAUCAAAGACAAUGUAGGAAAAGAUCUAACGCGAGUUUGUCUCCCUGUGUACUUCAAUGAGCCAAUAUCAUCUUUACAAAAGUGUUUUGAGGAUUUGGAGUAUUCUUAUCUGUUGGAUCGUGCAUAUGAGCAUGGAAAAGCGGGAAAUGGUCUCCUGCGAAAUGAUUGUGUAAUGAAUGAUCAGACUAGUCGUUUGGCCCAUCGCAGCCCCAUUAUGUACAGUUUCUGCUCGUGAGAAAUAAAAGUGAUGCUUGGCUCUGAAGCCUAUCCCACAACUCUCUGUCAUGGCUUGAAACAUGCUGCUAAGAGGUUCAUUCUUCACAUUAUGGCACAACUUAGAACACUUUUAGGACUAUGUUUGGAUUAAGGAUUUGAGAAUUGAUAUCCUUCCUAUUUUCUUUCCUUUUGCAUGUCAUUCCUCAAAUCUUUAAUCCAAACACCUCAGACAAUUUUCCCAGAAAAACAUCAUAUGUGAAUUGAAUUUAUUAUGUGUGAGUUACACUAUACAAAUUUAAAUCUAUGCUAUAUAUUAAAAUUUUACAAACUUUUUAAAAAUAAAAAUAUGAGUACAUAGCACUAGUUAAAAAAAAAAUAUUUCUGAAUCAUGUGCAUUCCACUAUGAUGAGAUCGUCCUCUUUUAAUUUGGACUUUGGUGGAUUGAACAUUCAAAUUAUCCAUAUUAUAUAUAAGGAAAAUUAUAUAAAUAGAAGUUGCUUUAGUAAAUUACCUAUUACAAUGAGAUGGUUGGAAAGCAACCCCAUUUUGGCAGAUUUCUUUCCAUGAAUUGGGAAUUGGGUGGCAUCCCCUCUUGAUGCUUUCUUAAUAUACUUCCGGGAAA